GCGCGUAGAAAGGCGCAGGCUUCGAAUCGAUCCUCCACCCCCAAAGUAUCCAAAGAACAACCGCCGGCCGACGACUCUCUUGUCAACCCAACAACAGUUCAAAAGCUCCGAAAGCAAACAUGGCGCUGGAUUUCGCAGCCACUUACAAGGUUCUGGUGUUGGGUGACUCGAACGUUGGGAAAACUUGUAUCGUGCACCGUUAUUGUGACGAACGUUACUACGAUACUUACAUAUCAACGAUAGGUAUCGAUUUCAAACAAAAAAUAAUUAAUCUGGAUGGAACACCAAUUAAGCUUCAAAUUUGGGACACUGCUGGUCAAGAGCGAUUUAGAGCGCUAACGACAGCUUAUUAUCGUGGUGCUAUGGGUAUCCUUUUGAUGUACGACGUCACUAGUUUAGAAAGUUUCAAUCAUUUAUCCUACUGGCUACGAAAUAUUCAAGAAAAUGCCUCUCCGGAUGUGGUGAAAGUAGUGGCGGCAAACAAAUGUGAUGUUACUACGAAUAGGGCUGUUGAUGCGGAAAGGGGACAGAAAAUAGCUGAAAGUUUUGACAUGCCUUUCUUCGAAGUAUCUUGUAAAGAGAACAUAAAUAUUGAAGAAGCUUUUCUCACUUUAGCUAGAAGAAUACGAGAACAACGAGGACGCCGGGCUAGUUUGUUCGAUGCUUCAGAAAGGGAAGGAGCCAACAAUAUUGUUAUGAAGCAAUCACCGUCUCACGUCUCAGUCUCAGUCUCUGUUACCCCCGGUGAAUCUUGGAGAAUGGAGGCAAUUGUAGAAUAUAACUAUGAAGCACAAGAACCUGAUGAAUUAACUUUGAAAAAGGGAGAUAUUAUUACAGAAAUUAAAGUGAUGUUAGGUGGUUGGUGGGAAGGCACUUUAAGAGAUAAACGUGGCAUGUUUCCUGAUAACUUUGUCAAAGUAUUAGAACCUAUUUCAAGUGGAACAGUUGGAAGUACAGGAAGUGGAGUAAGUGAAGGAGCUGCUAAUGCCAAACCUGAAGAUAUUUCCUUAAAAAAUGGAGGAUCUAGAAGACGAUUUUGUAAAGUUCUUUUUAGUUAUGAACCUUGUAAUAAAGAUGAAUUAACUUUAGUACCACAAGAUUCUAUAGAAUUUUUGGGUGAAAUAGAAGAGGGAUGGUGGAGAGGUAGGCUUAAAGGUAGAGUGGGUGUCUUUCCUUCAAAUUUUGUAUCUCCUCCAGUUUAUGAAGAAUCUGACAAACACAAAGAUCAAGAGAGUAGAAAAUUGUGCAAAGUACUUUUUCCUUAUGAAGCUGUUAAUGUAGAUGAAUUAACAUUAAAUGAAGGAGAUAUAAUAACUCUUCUAUCUACAAAUGCCUCUGAUAAGGGUUGGUGGGUAGGAGAAUUAAAUGGUCAAGUAGGUUUAUUUCCUGAUAAUUUUGUUGAAGUAUUAAAUGUUCUACCUGAUCACCAAGAUCAUGAACAAAAACUUAAAGCUCCUAUUAAGUCUGUUUCAAAACAUUCUCAUCAGGUAAAGAAGAAUGGAAAAACACACAUUAAAAAAACUUUGGAUGUAAAAGAUGUACCUACAGAUAUAAUUAAAAAAACAAUAUCAACAGGCGUAUCUUCUACAACAUCAACUUCUUCAGGAAUUGGAGGAAGUAGUGGAGAAAGGAAAAAUAUAGGAUAUUCAGCUACAUCGAAUUUAAAACGUCUCGUAGGUGAUGCAGGAACUAAUAAUGGUAAUGGAAAUACAAAUAUAGCUUUGGGUGAAGAGUUAGAUGGGGUAGAACGAGGAGAAGGAGCACCGCUUUCGCAUUUAACAGCUUCUAGAGCUAAAGCACCCCACCGACGACCACCUUCUUCACAACGUUUAAGACGUCACGCUGCCGGACCAACAAUUACUACAACACCUGAAGAUAGUUUAGCAAAUGGUAAUGCAGAUACUAUGUUAGAACAAUUACGAGAAGAAGAACCUGAAGGAUUAGCUGUAAAAGCAAGAAGAAGAGCUCCUUGGGUAGAAGAAUUAAAAUUAAAUCAAUUGGAAAGGAGAAAAAUUGUAUCAGUAGAUCGUGUUGAUAAAUCUGAAGAAAAAAAAGAACGUCCUUGUUCACGAGUAUUAACGACAACGAAUGUCGCCGAUUGUAUUAAUAAAUUAGAAGCAGAAAGCGAAGAAAGUAAACAGAAGGAUAAAAGUCAAAAUCAGAAAUCUGAUUCAUUUCCUCAUCUUGAACAAAUUUCAACUACUCCUGGAACGCCUCCUACUUAUGUUCCAUUUGCACUUUAUAAUCAAUUAUUAGAGAGGGUUGUUGCCUUAGAAGAGAAACAAGCAAUGUUACAACAAACAAUGGGCCAAAUUUUGGAACAAUUUGUACCUGUUGCAUCUUCAUCAAUCAACAGCCCAGAUUAAUCAACUCAUAAAUUCUGCAGUAUGUUUUUUCCAUAUAAAAUGCUGCUAUUUUAAUUUCAUUUUCCAUAUAAACAAUAUGGAAAAAUAGUUUAUAAUUACUGUAUAAUUUCUUAUAUUUAUUCGUUUUAGUAGCGGCAUUUUUAAUUUGUUUCGCUAUUGUAGUAACAGUAUUUAUUUGACUAAACAAAAUAUUCCAUAUAUCAUUCCUGACUUAAAAAAUUUUUUUUUUUUUUUUUACGAUAAUUUACUUUAUUGUAUUGUAAGUACUUUAUUUAGUACUUUCAUUUUAUUUUUAGUAGCAUUUAAAUGUUUUUAAGAUAUAUGUAAUAUACAUUUUUCAAAUUGUCCUAUAAUUUUAAAAAAUUAUUAGUUCAUUACUUAAUUAAGAUAAACUUACAACAUAUUUUAGUAAUGAAUACCUGAUAUAAACAUAUAUAGAGAUUUAUUUUAAAGCAUUUCCAUGUUUUAAAAAUUAAUAUAUUGUUCUGAUAUACAUAUUUCCUUAAAUUACAUCUCGUAAUUAUAGAAGUAUAUUUGUACUUAAAUUGCUAAAUUACACAAACAAAUAGAGACUAUGCAUUUUAUAUUUUUAUUGAAAAGCUGCCUCGCAUUACAACAUAAUAAUAACUAUUCUUAAGUUCAUCAAAUAACUUAAGUGCCAAUGUAUUUAAUUUUUCUUUGCAUAAUUUUAUAAUUCUGUUAUAAAAACGUUAACAGUAUUGAGUUUCAAGAAAUAAUACAUUAAAAAAGUAUUGAAUGUACCUAUUUCAAAUGAAAUAAGUUUAAUAUAAUAGCUUGGAAUGGUGCUACAUAAUAAGUAUUUGUGAUACUUUACAUCACGUAUUAUAUGACUAAAUGAGGCAGCAAACUAUGAAUAAUAAUUUUUAUCCUAAAUAAAAAAGUGAAAAAAUACAUUAAAGCUCACUUUAAAAAAUUACAUAUUAAUAACUUUGUUCCAUAUAAUCACGAAACUGUUGAAUAUUUCAAAUCUUUUUAUUU